AUGUCCUGCUGGCAAAGGGAAGAUUGUGUUGCGGGCCAGUAUCUGGAUCAGUCAACUGGCUGUCAAGCCUGUCCGGCAGAUCAAUGGAGUGCUGCAGCAAACGCAGCUUCUACCUGCACGGCAUGUCCAGCUGACAAAGAGAAGAUUGUGUUGCGGGCCAGUAUCUGGAUCAGUCAACUGGCUGUGCAAGCCUGUCCGGCAGAUCAAUGGAGUGCUGCAGCAAACGCAGCUUCUACCUGCACUGCAUGUCCAGCUGACAAAGAGGUAGCCUCUGGAGCAGGAACACAAGAAAGUGACUGCACAUGGAAAGAUUGUGUUGCGGGCCAGUAUCUGGAUCAGUCAAGUGGCUGUCAAGCCUGUCCGGCAGAUCAAUGGAGUUCUGCAGCAAACGCAGCUUCUACCUGCACGGCAUGUCCAGCUGACAAAGAGGUAGCCUCUGGAGCAGGAACACAAGAAAGUGACUGCACAUGGAAAGAUUGUGUUGCGGGCCAGUAUCUGGAUCAGUCAAGUGGCUGUCAAGCCUGUCCGGCAGAUCAAUGGAGUUUAGCAGCAAACGCAGCUUCUACCUGCACGGCAUGUCCAGCUGACAAAGAGGUAGCCUCUGGAUCAGGAACACAAGAAAGUGACUGCACAUGGAAAGAUUGUGUUGCGGGCCAGUAUCUGGAUCAGUCAAGUGGCUGUCAAGCCUGUCCGGCAGAUCAAUGGAGUUUAGCAGCAAACGCAGCUUCUACCUGCACGGCAUGUCCAGCUGACAAAGAGGUAGCCUCUGGAUCAGGAACACAAGAAAGUGACUGCACAUGGAAAGAUUGUGUUGCGGGCCAGUAUCUGGAUCAGUCAAGUGGCUGUCAAGCCUGUCCGGCAGAUCAAUGGAGUUUAGCAGCAAACGCAGCUUCUACCUGCACGGCAUGUCCAGCUGACAAAGAGGUAGCCUCUGGAUCAGGAACACAAGAAAGUGACUGCACAUGGAAAGAUUGUGUUGCGGGCCAGUAUCUGGAUCAGUCAAGUGGCUGUCAAGCCUGUCCGGCAGAUCAAUGGAGUUUAGCAGCAAACGCAGCUUCUACCUGCACGGCAUGUCCAGCUGACAAAGAGGUAGCCUCUGGAUCAGGAACACAAGAAAGUGACUGCACAUGGAAAGAUUGUGUUGCGGGCCAGUAUCUGGAUCAGUCAACUGGCUGUGAACCCUGUCCGGCAGAUCAAUGGAGUGUAGCAGCAAACGCAGCUUCUACCUGCACGGCAUGUCCAGCUGACAAAGAGGUAGCCUCUGGAGCAGGAACACAAGAAAGUGACUGCACAUGGAAAGAUUGUGUUGCGGGCCAGUAUCUGGAUCAGUCAAGUGGCUGUCAAGCCUGUCCGGCAGAUCAAUGGAGUUUAGCAGCAAACGCAGCUUCUACCUGCACGGCAUGUCCAGCUGACAAAGAGGUAGCCUCUGGAUCAGGAACACAAGAAAGUGACUGCACAUGGAAAGAUUGUGUUGCGGGCCAGUAUCUGGAUCAGUCAACUGGCUGUGCAGCCUGUCCGGCAGAUCAAUGGAGUGCUGCAGCAAACUCAGCUUCUACCUGCACUGCAUGUCCAGCUGACAAAGAGGUAGCCUCUGGAGCAGGAACACAAGAAAGUGACUGCACAUGGAAAGAUUGUGUUGCGGGCCAGUAUCUGGAUCAGUCAAGUGGCUGUCAAGCCUGUCCGGCAGAUCAAUGGAGUUUAGCAGCAAACGCAGCUUCUACCUGCACGGCAUGUCCAGCUGACAAAGAGGUAGCCUCUGGAUCAGGAACACAAGAAAGUGACUGCACAUGGAAAGAUUGUGUUGCGGGCCAGUAUCUGGAUCAGUCAAGUGGCUGUGCAAGCCUGUCCGGCAGAUCAAUGGAGUGCUAGCAGCAAACGCAGCUUCUACCUGCACGGCAUGUCCAGCUGACAAAGAGGUAGCCUCUGGAGCAGGAACACAAGAAAGUGACUGCACAUGGAAAGAUUGUGUUGCGGGCCAGUAUCUGGAUCAGUCAAGUGGCUGUCAAGCCUGUCCGGCAGAUCAAUGGAGUGCUAGCAGCAAACGCAGCUUCUACCUGCACGGCAUGUCCAGCUGACAAAGAGGUAGCCUCUGGAUCAGGAACACAAGAAAGUGACUGCACAUGGAAAGAUUGUGUUGCGGGCCAGUAUCUGGAUCAGUCAAGUGGCUGUCAAGCCUGUCCGGCAGAUCAAUGGAGUUUAGCAGCAAACGCAGCUUCUACCUGCACGGCAUGUCCAGCUGACAAAGAGGUAGCCUCUGGAGCAGGAACACAAGAAAGUGACUGCACAUGGAAAGAUUGUGUUGCGGGCCAGUAUCUGGAUCAGUCAAGUGGCUGUCAAGCCUGUCCGGCAGAUCAAUGGAGUUUAGCAGCAAACGCAGCUUCUACCUGCACGGCAUGUCCAGCUGACAAAGAGGUAGCCUCUGGAUCAGGAACACAAGAAAGUGACUGCACAUGGAAAGAUUGUGUUGCGGGCCAGUAUCUGGAUCAGACAAAUGGCUGUGCAGCCUGUCCGGCAGAUGAAUGGAGUGCUGCAGCAAACACAGCUGCUACCUGCACUGCCUGUCCAGCUGACAAAGGGGUAGCCUCUGGAGCAGGAACACAAGAAAGUGACUGCACAUGGAAAGAUUGUGUUGCGGGCCAGUAUCUGGAUCAGUCAACUGGCUGUGGACCCUGUCCGGCAGAUCAAUGGAGUGCUGCAGCAAACACAGCUGCUACCUGCACUGCAUGUCCAGCUGACAAAGGGGUAGCCUCUGGAGCAGGAACACAAGAAAGUGACUGCACAUGGAAAGAUUGUGUUGCGGGCCAGUAUCUGGAUCAGACAAAUGGCUGUGCAGCCUGUCCGGCAGAUGAAUGGAGUGCUGCAGCAAACACAGCUGAUACCUGCACUGCCUGUCCAGCUGGCAAAGGGGUAGCCUCUGGAGCAGGAACACAACAAAGUGACUGCACAUGGAAAGAUUGUGUUGCGGGCCAGUAUCUGGAUCAGUCAACUGGCUGUGCAGCCUGUCCGGCAGAUGAAUGGAGUGCUGCAGCAAACACAGCUGAUACCUGCACUGCCUGUCCAGCUGGCAAAGGGGUAGCCUCUGGAGCAGGAACACAACAAAGUGACUGCA